UGGUGUAAAACGUGUUUUCCAUCAGACUGCGCUGAAUUCAUUGGAAGAGUUGACAAACCAGUUCUUCCUUCAACCAGAGACUUCUCACUCUAACUGAAAGCAUUUCAGUCACCGUGUGGAUUUCUUCUGUUGGGCCACGAUGGCUGCGUGAGUACAGAAAUACAUCACCGACAGCAGCAGAAGAGAACCAGGCAUGGCUGGGAAGCCUUUCCGGGCCACCUACAUCUGGAGCAGCAUCAUCGCCAAUCUCCACACUCACGUGGAGGUCAAGCGCCGGCGCCACAACCUGAAGUCCUACCAUGACUGCUUCCUAGGCUCAGAGGCCGUGGACGUGGUGUUGGCACAUCUCACCCUGAACCGUUUCUUUGGCGACGAGGCGGUGCCGCGCCACAAGGCCGUCCGCCUCUGUCAGGCCCUCAUGGACUCAAGGGUGUUUGAGCCGGUGGGCAUUAAAGUGUUCGGGAAGGAAAAGAAGCGCGCCACAUUUGAAGACAGUAGCUGCAGUUUGUACAGGUUCCUAAGCCCAACGACGACCUCCUCGUCGUCGUUGACCAACAGCAACUCUCACUCCACGAGCACCAUCGAGAGCGGCUACGACUCACCGAGCAUGAACAGGAACAAGAACAGCUUCGGCCCGUCACGUGAAAGACAAGAGGUGCUCAGCUACUCCACCCACUCCCCCGUAAAGACAGACAAAUCACUGGAGGACGUGCUGGGAAACCUCAACCUGAGCUCCACCAUCACCCCUCAGAUGAUCAACCUCGGCCUCUCACAAGAGCUCGUGGAUGAGGUGUGGCACCAGCAGGCGGUGUUCAGGCUGUUGCAGCUGAUAGAGCUCCCCCUGUUGGAGAACUUGUUGGAGGGCAGAGACACUUCGCGGGCCCCGCUGCAUGGCAUGGACAGUGACCCCGACCUGUUGUAUACAUCGAGCUAUCUGGACCGAGAGGUCCUGAAGGCCUUCGGUGAAGCACAGGCUGAUGAGUGGAUGUCAGGGGCGGUGGACUGUCUGGAGUUUCUGCCUGAUGAACUGGUGGUGGAGGUCAGCCGAGGUUUGUCUGGUUGCGCUGACGACCUGCUCCAGUGUAAGAGGCUGCUCUACGAGGUCCUGGCUCAGCACUACGGUCACGUGAAACAGCCGCCACUGCUCAGCAACCAUGUUUUCGACAUCCACUCCGGCAUCUCUGAGCUACUAGUGAACGGCAAGCAAGAGCAAGCUCUAGAGACUCUGCAGCUGAGCCUGAAGCUGCAGGACUCUCGCAGCAGAGAGGAGCUACGCAGGCUCCUGAGAUUCAUGGCCAUCGCUGCCAAGCCACAGGAGGUCAAACUUCACAAAGAGAUCGAGAACAGAAUGGCGGUGAAAAGGUCUUUCUCCAGCGCCAUCGUCUACAGCAGAAGACUCUCCAAAGGAAAGGUGGACUUGAUGGUUUUGUUCAUGAUGGACAACCACUGCGAUCUGUUCAAAAUUCCUGUUUCACUGCACAAGAUGGUCAGUGACAGAAUCAUGAAUAUUUUGAAAGGGCAGGAUCCAGACAUGACAACAGGAUCAACAUACUGCACAAGAGUGAGCGCAAAGGCCUAUUCAGAAAACGCAGAAAAAACCACUAAAGAGGAACUUUGGUCCUUACUGCGGACGGUCCACGAGAACCCCAAACUCUCCUCGAAAGAAAAGAGACGACUGCUGGGACAGUUCUAUAAAGGCCACCCACAGAUUUAUAUUCAGUACUUUGGAAACAGAUUGUCCAGUGUCAACAUGUUGCUACAGUGAUAUUUAUUAGUUGAAUACUUCAUGUAUCAUAAUGUAAAAAGAGAUAGAAAGUUGAUGUGGUUUAAAUGUGCUGUGUAGGAAGUGAACCUUAUUUGCUUGUAUGCAAAUAGUUUAGACUACUGAACAAGAAUGUGAACUUUAAUUGAUAAGCUGCGAUAUUUAAGGACAUAUUUCUUUCAGUUUCUUUGAUAUUUUUCUUUGGUGCAGGACACUAACAUGAAAUCAGUCAUUGUCGGUUAUAUAUGAGACUGUUACAUCCUCAGAAUGACAAACAGAACCAAGUGUUCUUUUUUUCUUUUUAAUGUUUUCACACUGCAGUGCGUCUUGAUGGCGUUCUUCGUCUGCAGCCAGUCGGGCCACGUCUGCAUAUGGCUUUUCAAUGGAUGUAUUCUUUGUGCUUGUGCAAUAAGAACAGUGUUAGCAAUAAAAAAAAUGUCUGUCUACGUGGUUUCUCAUAUACAGUGCGAUGCACAGUAGAGCUGUGUCUGAGAAACGGAAAUUUGAAACCCUGGAAAUUUGAAAGUCUGAUGUUGUGCUGGAGUAAACAGUCAGAGGCAUUCAUGAGAAUCAGCCCGCUGGCUUUUUGUGUUUGUUGCAACAAAUCAGCAAAACAGAUGUUUGUAAGUUGUUUUUUUUUUUUUUUUGAAAACCUUAGUUGCAUUUUAGUGGCGUCUUUGUGGAUCUGUUUUAAAUAAGGUUUAUGUACUCCUAAUCAGCUGAGGAAAUCACUUCCAUGUUUCCAGGUGACAAAAGCAUUCCAGACUAUUUUUCAACUACACAUUGUUCGUGCUUUGGCAGGUUUUAGUAAAAUUGUGUAACAUUCACACAGGUACUUUUCACUGCAGACUUAAAAUGUGUACAAUUUGAUGAAAAGAGAACAAGUGACAUCCGCUGUUUAUUUAUCCACAGAACAUAAACCGUCUUCAAUUUUGAGACACAAUUUGCAGAACUUUGUGUCUAUUCUGAUUUUCUGAUCCAGAAAUAUGUUUCAGCUGUUCUCUAGAUGUAAUCAGUGACUAGAAAUUCACAAAUAACCUGACAAGGAGAAAUAGCCAACAAGCAGUUUCUUUGCUUGAUAGCUACUCUUGUUGAGGAGCUCUGCAAUAACACUUUCAGGGAAAACAAUUAUUCUCUGAUGGUCUGAUUCAGAAGCUAUUAAAAACAAUGGCAUUAUUUUUUGUCAAGUUUUAGUUUCUAAGAACUUUCCAUAUGUGCACAUCAAAGCAGCAAUCAGACAUUAUUACGUGGCAGCAGAGCGGUGUUCUGCAUGAACUGUUUUAUGCCACCUGUGAAUAGGCUCAGAGCACAGAUAGGCUGCCACGGGCUCAGAACAAAAGCCGUGCCGGGCAGACAAAUAAUGAUGUAAUCAGGCAACGUGAAAAUAAGCAGCUGGCUGACAUUGAAAAAUGUUCACUGUGUAAAUGGCAUUUAUCUUUUGUUUGUUGUUGCAACCGGGGAACUGCCUGGAUAUGCCAGCUAAUGCUGUUUAAAUCAGUUUAAGAUGAAAGGAUUGCCCUACUACUGUAAACAUGUUCAAUUUGUAUGUUCAGUCUGCAUUGUUAAACUGCAAACAGAAGCAAAUCCAAGCCUGUGAGAUCCUUCUACCACAGAGCAAAUCUGGCUAUUUGAACACAGGUUAAUUUAACCUUACAGAUCAACUACAUGUCAGGUACUGCCCCCUAGUGGUAAUGAUAGGGCCUGUACUAAGAGUAGCCCUCGUAUAAUGUCCCGUCAGUUCCAGAGAAAAAUAGCAAAAAAUCAUCAGUUAAGUCAAAUAAACAAAGGCAAAUCUCGUUGAAUUCUUUUCCACUUUUAUUGAAAGUAACUGUGUUUCCUCCAGUUAUCUAAAAAAAAAAAAAAAAAGAAAGAAAAAAAUCCACUUUGCCAUCACUGGAACAUCACAAGGCCAAAACUGAGCUGUGUGCCAAAAUCAAUGGUUGAAUUAAAAAUUUUGUACAGUAUAAUGGUCAGUCUUUAAAAAUAAAAACUGUUAACCAAAAAAACAAACAAAAAAAAAGCCACAAGAACACUCAGGU